AUGCCUCAAAAUCAACCCAUAUUCGGCACCAUUCUGUCUCCGCCCUCAGCUGGCGUGCCGCUGCCACAGCAGCAGAACCAAGCCCAGCAGGCAGGCCCGCAGGCAGGCCAACAGCAGCCCAUGUUGCAAGCUCAACCCCAACCUCAACCUCAACUCCAACUUCAGUUCCCGGGGUUUCCCGCAAGGAGCGCCUCUACUCCGCCCUUCCAAGCCGGAGCCGCACUCCAGUUUCAAGGGGGGAUGAACCCAUUCCUUGCCCCCCAGGGGGUAUGCUCGGCGUGCGUGCUGCAGUACCCAGGCUACGACCAAGGACUCGCCUUCAACCCUGGACAGCAGUUCCAGUAUCCUCAGGUGUUCGUGAACGGCAGGAAUGUGAGUGGCAAUGCCGGGUUCCCAGGUGCGCAGCCCCAGCAACAGUAUUACCCGCAGUACCCGACCAGGUCGGGCCGCAACAGAGCUCGUAACGGCCGCGGAGCCAUGGCGCAACCACAGCCGUAUCCAGGAAUGGCACCGAACCAGGGCUUUCCGUACUACCCCGGCCAAUUCUGGUAA